AUGCGGGAUGGGGUUUCAAGGAACGCUAAAAGACAAAGUAAGCAAAGCAUAUCAGAAUUGGAGCAAGAAACUCACAAAGCGCCAAUAUCCAGUGAAUUAGACUUUUCACCAGCUGCAUUGGAAUGCAACCAGGACGAGCACACUGCAUCUUGCAGUAUUAUUUGUGAUACAUUUUGUCGGAAUGGCCGUCUAAAUGCCAGUUGUAUUCACAGGAUUGAAUUAAGCUCAGAUUCAAUCCCAAAACUACUAUUCAACCCAGUCAAGUCUUUAGGUCAGCAGCUGGAACAGGACCUGCAAUCACACGCACCUCUGCCAUUUAUACCCAAGAUAUUUUUACAGCCCAAAAAGUUUCAUAUCAGGAUUGUGGACACCAAGACAUGCAUCAGGUCUGGUGGGCUGAAACCUGUAGCUACGGUUUUAUCCACUGCUGAUACUUUAGUGAAUCUACUUGCAUGUAACAUUCAAAAAAAUCUGUAUUGCCAUGAAAAACUGCUAUUCAAAGGACAAUCCGCUCAUAUCAAGGACUCUGUUGGCAACACACUGCUACAUGGUUUAAAUGCUCUCAAAACUGAUAAGCUUUUUCGCGUCAAUUCAAUCACGCAGUCUAGGUUAUAUGAUCCAUUCCCCAAUAUAUUGCAUAUAGAUUCCAAACCUCAUGAUGGAUUGAGACCAUUGAGAUAUGCAAUGAACCACAACUCACUUUUGUCAAUUGAUUCAGUAUCACAGACACCUUUGCGUGUGUUUGUGAUGAAUAGAUUGAAAUUAGAUCACCCAGAACUCGUAGAUUCAUUGUUAUCGCAAAUCAACGAGUCCAAAAAUGAGCCAAACACUCGGUACACCAUUCAGUCAAAAGAAUCAAACAGUAGCCCAGUCACAGUCGAUGAUAGUGUGAAAAGUCGCCUACUUUGUGACAGGCACAGCAGUCAAGACACUGAUAUUUUAAAUAUGGCAUCACAGUCUAAAAAUUGUACCAUUUUGCAACACACCACUGAUGCACUGGAGUUUAACAUGCCCACUCCAAUAUCAAGUCAAGAAAGUUUAUCUCGAUGUUUGACCACAACAUCAUCUAUCGAGCCAACCCAUUUAAUACCCAACGCAUCCAUCCAAAAAAAGACGCCAUCUAAACCAUCAAACUCGCUAAAGUCUAUUUUAAAGCAGCGACCUGUUGCCUCCAAACCAAGUGCUGAUGCGUGUCAACAAUUAAUACAGCAUCCAAAACACGAUAUUUAUCCCAUAAGUAGUACGUCUAUAGCAAAUCGACAUUCUUCAGUUUUAUCUGCUGUGCCGAGUGUGGGUGGUUAUGCAGCAGCAUUUCGCAAAAACCCAACUAUCCACUUUGAUUUUAAUGUUUAUCGACAUUUCCAGACCUACAAAGAUCCAGUGGUCAAAAGGGAUAAAAAACCGACACUACGGCAUUUGAAAAAAGUAAACACUUUAGAUACUCAAGUACCAGACAAUGAAACGGCCGUAGAUAAACCUAAACCAGUAGUCUUGAAACGUCAAUCACAAACAUCUUUAGCAACAGACACUCACUUGAGACGAUCAACACAGUUUGAAUUAACACCAAAUGAUUUUAAUUCAUGUCGUGUAGAGGAUUCUAAUGAAACCCAAGUUACACAAGAUUCUGUAAAGUUUCCGUUUAAACCGAAAUUAAUAACUGAAACUCAUAGCAUGCCACAAAAACCCUUGGUUGCCGAGACAAGACGAUCAAGACGUUCCGAACCUCAAUGUUUUACCAUGGCAUCUGCAAACAAAGUAUCAACCUACCAGUUUAUUCCAAUCUACAACCAGCAGGACUUUCACAACACACACAGGGUUCAGUGA